CAAGAAUUUGUUGAAAAAAGCCGAAGAAUGGAUGAAGAAAACAGCAGAAUCUUCUACCGUUGUAGGUGCUCUAAUUAUAACCAUUAUGUUUGCUGCUGCUUUUACUGUUCCUGGUGGGAAUGAGGAAAACUCAGGCUAUCCCAUAUUUUUGCCCAAAAAGCCAAUACCUUUUAUGGUAUUUAUAGUAUCAGAUGCAAUUUCUCUUUUUACUGCAUCUAGUUCAGUUUUAAUGUUUCUAGGCAUUCUCACUUCACGUUAUGAUUAUGAAGAUUUCCUUAGAUCCUUGCCCACUAAGCUGAUAAUCGGCAUUUCUUCACUCUUCAUCUCUAUUGCAACAAUGAUGACAGCAUUUUGUGCUGCUCUCUUCAUUAUGCUACCUGGUCGAUUGGAAGUAGUCAUUCCAAUAACAUUGUUUGCUAGUAUUCCUAUCACUUUCUUUGGGUGGUUGCAGUUUCCUCUUCUAGUUGAGAUUUGUACUUCGACUUUUCGCCGAGAGAUCUUCCAAGAGAAAAAGAAAUCCUUCCUGGAGAGAUGGUUUCAUCUCUUUUGUGAGAUAACCAUAGCACUGCCUAUGGCCAUCAUGGGGAAAAAUUAAUAUAAUUUGUACAUGUGCUUUUACAACUGCCUAUAUAUAUAUAGUUGCAAUAAAUAUUUAGUUAAUGUUUAUUCUUUCAUGAUUUGGUUCUUCGAAGUGUGAAAUUCAUCUCUGCUAGUUGAUUUUUUGUUGUUGAUUCACUAUUCUCUAGUUGUGGCCAAAAAUUCUUGGGGGGAGGGGAAUAAAACCUUGAUAUUGAA